AUGAACAAGAUCUUCCCUCAGGGAGACGCAGAGGACAAUGCUGCUGCCAGAACAAAAGCUGGCCCUCGAGGGGAAGGGGCCCAGCUCUGCGUGACACCAGCCAACAGCACAGGCUUCUUGUGCCAUGACGGGAGGAGCUGCAUCCCUGCCCACGGCGUGUGCGACGGCGUCCGCACAUGCCCACAUGGCGAGGAUGAGGACCAGAGCUUGUGCCGAGAUGUGCCCCAGAGCCUCCCCAGCUUCCUCGUGGCCCACUGCGGAAACCCGGCCUCCUGGAUCUACUCAGACCAGAAGUGUGAUGGAAUCAACAACUGUGGGGACUGUUCGGAUGAACUCAGCCCAGUGACUUCAUGCCCACUCUGUGGCCCUGGGUGGUGGCGUUGCUCUUCGACAGUCUUCAGGUACUGCAGCUGCAUUCCAAAGAACCUGUGCCGGGACCACGUGCAACACUGCUCAGACUGGUCUGAUGAGUUCUCCUGUCCUGGACCUGAAUAGGGCCCCCAGGCAGGGGUGACUGGCUGGUUGGAAUGGCACUGAUAACCCUUCUCAUAAACAUCAAGUCCUAGACCAUGAGGGUAGGAAGGAACCUUUAAAUCAACCCCCUACCCCACCCUCCAAGAUCUUCUGAUUAGGAAUUUCUUCUUCUACUUUCAAGUUGCUCUGCCUCCGUUUGGAUGGCUCCAGUGACAGGGAGCCAUCUACCAUGUUGCGCAGCUUCUAACAAAGAUGUGGAGAAGCUGCUCUA